AUAUACGGGGCCACGCGUUUGAAAAUCGCACUUUUCUGCGGGCAGUCAGAGGGUAGACGCCGAGAACACCGCAACCAUGAAGGCUUUCAUUGCAGUCGCGCUUUUGUCAGUCGCAUCGCUGUCACAUGGUGCACCUGGUGCAAAGCUGAACGUCGGAAGCUUGGGCAGUGGAGCUGGUGCUAGCGGAAGUCUUGGACUCGGCAGUAGCUUAGGAACUGGCGGGCUUGGCGCCGGCGGUUCUUUCAGCGCCAGCGGUCCGUUUGGCAGUGCACCUGGGUUUGGUCCAAGUGGCAGCUCAUCUAGCUUUGUAACGGGCCCUGGAUUGAGCGUUGGAAGUUCUGGAGCAGGAGGUGCAUUCGGCGUUGGAGUUGGUCCCUCUGGUUCAAGCAGGGUCGGCGUUAGUGGUGCCGGACGUCAAUCCGCAUUUGGUGGACAGUUUACUCCUGGCUUUACCGGCUUUGGUUACGGCCCCUCCUACUACUACCCUGGUGGCUACGGAUAUGGCUUCGACGAUUAUGGUCUUGGUGGCUUCGGUGACUUCGGUUACUGGCCUGGAUAUGGAAACUACGGCUAUGGCCCUGGUUAUUUUUAUGGUGGCUUCCCUGUUGGCCCCGGCAGCUGGGGCGUUAGAGGAGCAGGUUCAAGCCAACGUAACUUGCGCUCUCAGGUACGCUCUGCGGGAAGUGGCGCCGGCAGUGCUGCCAGCGCUUCUGCUGCAAGAUCUGCCUCCAGUGCUAGCAGCCAGUAAGCAGCGAAAGGUAUCAGUGACGUAGGAUCUAACACGAAAGUGCCCUCUAUUGGCUGUUGGCUGUCCCGGAUUUCUCAAGAAUAUAAACAGACGAAUAUAGAAUGCAUUCUAAUAUAUUGCGGUGACAAUAUGCGAAUAUUUGAGCAGUAAUAAACAGUCUGUGAAGCUGAAAUCAAA